AUGCAACAACCCACGAUCAUUUCAUUAUUACCACGUUAUCCAACAAGAUCAAUGGAUGUUCCUGGUAGUUCAUUAGAGUCUUCGUUUGUUGUUAGUGAAGUAUCACAUAUUAUAAAAGAGACUAUUGAACGUAUUAUCGGUGGAAGUUCCUAUCAACAGAAUAAAGUAAAUAGAUGGACAGCCGAUAUUGUUGAUCAUGUUCUUACUGAAAUAACGAAAUUGGAUAAACCAUUUAAAUAUAUUGUACAAGCUGUUGUUAUGCAAAAAAAUGGAGCUGGUUUACAUACGGCGAGUAGUUGUUAUUGGGAUAAUACAACAGAUGGAUCAUGCACUGUUAGUGGUUUAGCCCCCGAUGUUGUUCGUCGUCUUUGUACAUAUAUGAACAAUGAAACACAUGAGAAAACGGAACCAGAUUGGUUUAAUCUAAUGGAACAACAUGGUAGAGAUUUUAAACAAUCAUGGAAUAUUGCACCAACCAUGACGUGUUUAUGUCUGAUAAGUGAAAAACAUUUGGAUUCAUCAUGUGAUAGUAGCCGAUAUGCUCUAUGUUCAAUGAGAUGGGGUUUGAUACCGUCUUAUUAUCAAGCUGAUAUUGAAAAAUUUUCUUUUACAAUGAACAACUGUCGAUCAGAAACAAUCAUGGAAAAGCCAACAUUCAAAACACCAUUUCGUAACGGUCAACGAUGUGUCGUUUUAGCCGAAGGAUUUUAUGAAUGGAAAAAAGAUUCAAAACGUGAACCUUAUUUUAUUUAUGCAUCAAAACCAUUGAUAGAUGAUCAACCAAAUUAUCCAGAAAUUAAUAUUGACGAAAUUGAAAAAUAUAUUCAUCCAGAUAAAACUGAUAAAAAUCAAUUCCCAUUAUUAGCCAUGGCCGGUCUAUUUGAUAUUAAUCGAUCAGAUAAAGCAAUAUUAACAACACAAAAAGAAAUUGAUGAAUGGUUAGAUUAUGGACAUUAUAAAGCUCAAAAUGCUUUGUCUUUACUUAAACCAUAUGAUGAUGUGUCAAUGUAUCGUGUAACACCCGAUGUUGGAAAAUCAGGAACAAAUAAUAUCGAUUAUAUUAAACCUUUAUUCGAUGGCCGUGUUAACUCAAACAGUAAAAGUUCAUUGCCGACUCAAACAAAAACACUAGAUUCAUUUUUGAAACAACAAAAGCCCGAGGAUUUAUUUGCCAAAGUCGAAUCACCAAAGUCAAAAUUGAAAACAACAACAUUAGAUUCUUAUUUUAAAACAGAACAACAAGAACCACAAUCGCCAAAACGUGGUAGAAAACCAGAUAAACAACAAGAUUCACCAAAACGUGUUAAAAAAUAA